UGUAACAAUCAGAGCAAUUAUUUGUGAUACUCCUGCCAAAUCCUUUGUAACUGGCUCAAAAGGGCAUAAUGCAUAUUUUGGCUGUGGCAAAUGUUUUUGCGAGGGUGAUUAUAUUAAUCACAAAAUGGUUUUCUUGGAUGAAAAUGCCUCGUUGAGGACGGACAGCAAUUUCCGCACUCGAGAAAAUGAAGAACAUCACAUUUGCAUUUCGCCUUUUGAAAACUUGGCUGUGGAUAUGAUAAAUAAUUUUCCGUUAGAUUAUAUGCAUCUAAUUUGCUUAGGAGUAAUGAAAAAGAUGCUGAAUUUAUGGGUCAAGGGACAUCAAAUGUCACGGUUACGUGCAGCACAAAUACAAGAAUUAUCAAGAGAUAUAAUAGAAUUACGUGAAUACAUACCCAUUGAAUUUGCACGUCGCCCACGGGGUAUUAAUGAAUUAGACCGUUGGAAAGCCACAGAAUAUAGAAUAUUUCUUUUAUAUUUAGGACCUAUUAUUUUAGACAAAUAUCUGAAUGCGGAUUAUUUCCAACAUUUUUGCGUUUUACAUACUGCUAUACGGAUUUUAUGCCACCCAGAAGAUUGUUUUCGUAAUAAUUUAUACGCAAAUCAAUUACUGCUUUAUUUUGUCAAAAUGUUUAAAAUAUUAUAUGGCAAUGAUAAUUUAGUUUAUAAUAUACAUAAUUUAAUACAUCUCAGUGAAGAUGUAAAAAGAUAUGGCUCGCUUGAUACGCUUGAUGCGUUCCCAUUUGAAAAUUAUCUAAAAAAGUUAAAACAAAUGUUACGAAAAUCAGAAAAACCAUUAUCUCAAUUAAAUAAUAGGAUUAAUGAAAAUGCAAGAUUUGCAACUAAUUCUCAAAAUAUUAUUUCAAAUGCACCAUUGCUUUUAAAACCAAACAUAAAACACUUACCUUUAGGAUGUGUAAAUUCGCACAAGCAGAUCAAAUUUAAAAAUUGUAUGCUAACGACAAAAUCCGCAAAUAAUUGCUGCUACUUGAAAGAUGGAUCUGUUUUUUGUAUUGAAUAUAUUGGUUUCAAAGAUGAAUACCCUGUUAUCUUGGGAAAAAAAUGUAUUGAUCUUAGACCCAUACCAGGAUAUCCAUUACCAAAACUUUGGGUGGAUUUAAAAAAUAAGACUUUUUAUUGGCCACCUAAAGAAAUUAAUACUACAGGAGCCAUAAUAAAAAAUAUCGGUCCCAGUGAUAACUGGAAUAUGGAGGUUUACCGGCGCAUUAUAGGACCAUAUA